CACUUACUCAUGUAAAAACACCAACAGGAGGAAAACUAUGAAGGACCUAUGCUCGGUCGUAAUUCAGACCUUUUAUUUGUCUUUAGGCAAGCUUUCUUGUUUCCCUAAGCUAAAUUGUCAUCAAAUAUGUGCAGUUUAAUUCAGAAAAAAGGGAAUGGAUGAGAGAGAGAAAGGUAGCAAGCACUCGAAGGCUCGCUUGUCGACGCUGAGCGAUCGCCAUAUUUCUACAGCUGGUGCUCAAGCCAACGACGAAGUCAGCUCUCAAAGAGACGCUUCUCAGACGAUUUUAACCAUGGAUAUUGAAGAAAGCAUGCCAGUUUUAAAGGAGACUUUCAAAAGCAUCAGUGGAGAAAUUUGCUUGUGUUCUAGCCAGCAGCAAGGGAGAAAGUACUUCGGUCAUUUUGAGAUGGGUACUCGCAUGAAUUCAAGUGUCAAGCAAAUUGAAAAAAGAAUAGAAGAAAGACUUGGACUAACAUUGAUGAAGGAUUGUUUAUUGAGACUUCAAGCUUCCCUUGAAUUCGUUAGCGAGCUAGAAAAUACUAUGGAGAAUUAUCUUAGCUACUACAAAGAUUUAAAAGAAAAAGGAACGGAGCUAGAAAGGGAUUUCUUGUUCAAUGGUCAUCGUUUCCACGACCUGUGCUUGACUGCGAAAGACCAUCUCACGUUCUGGUCGCUGUUCACUGAACGCUGCUCAUCCGAGACCACAGUAAAAUAUACCUCCCCUAGGCUACAGAGUGACCUACAGUGGGUUCACAAGGCUCUGCUAAGAGUGAUAAGUCGUUUUACGACUUUGAUUUCGACUAUUUUAGUUUAUGUAUUAGACAUAGCUUGCUUUCAGCAGUGGCAACUGUCAGACGGACUCCUAAAAGAUAUCUCGUCCGCCAUUGAGGAUUUAAAUCGCCUCUUGGAAUAUAGCCGAAGUGUUUUGAAUGAGAACGACGUCCUGUUUAAACUGAGUUCUGCAAAUUCGUUUUCUGAUUCAACAGUGUGUAAAUUGUUUGGCUUCUGUGCGACGGUAAGACAGAUUCCCUCAAGUAAUGUUUAUCCAGUGACCCUUGGUAAACUUUUCCAAGGCACGGCAAAAAGACGGGCUCGCGUUUUAGGAGGUCAUGUUUUGAGCUUUGUACAUCAGCGCCAAGAGAUUAGUGGAAAUCUGAAGAGUGACCUUGUUCGAAAGCUCGAAUGGAAAGAUUUGAAUACUGUGAACAUUGAUCACAAAAAGCUAGACCAAGGCAAUGGAGUUGUGACUGUGAGAAGCAAAAAUCAUGUCCCCCAGGUUAAAUUAGAUCCAAAUUCACCUCUCGUCUCAUUUGAAUCAAUUGAAUAUCAAUUUAUAACUGAACUGAUUUCCAAGCUAGCUACAUCUAACUCUCUCAUGUCAACGCACGGAAUAGACAAAAAGCUACACAUGCAUAAGAGCCUUCCACAAAAAGGCCUUUAUCACACAGACAAUGAGGAAACACAAGACCAAAUGGGUGAGGGUACUAUUCCUGCUCAUGAUAACGAACCAGAGGCUGGUCACAGCAUCUUGAAGCACUCCACUGGGUCCGUGUCACCACGGCUAAGCAAGCGAGUGCAAUGGCAUCAUUCAAUUGACAUGGACAGUAAAGCACAAGUGUCCGCCCUUUAUAUGGACAUAUUCUGGUCUAGCUAUAGUAUAGUGAUAUGCCAAAUGAUGGAAGUACUUGGAUGGGAAAGGAACUACAAGGGUAUACGUGGACCACUUCCCCUCUGGUCAGACGAUAUAAUAAUGUCUGUCGUUAGGGGCCUGGAGUCACUCCAAUUGUCAGAAUCUCUUCCACCUGAUGGAUCCAAGGCACUUCAGUUAGUUAGCAGAUAUAUCCUUUGUAUUGGUGCAAUGUCUAGCUGGGAUCAAGGUUUCUGUGAUCUCAUAAGCAUAGCCCAAAAGGACAAAUGCACCUCCUCUAACAAACCAGAUGAUUGUUCUCCAUCAACCAAGACAGUCGAAGCCAUCAUCAACCUGUUACACCCAAUGAUGAGCAUUUUUGAGGCAGCACAGAAAUGGACAACUCAUUAUACAGGAUCAAACAACAACUGUACCAUCUACAUGUUUAAAGACUUAAGCUGUUCAGUGCUACCAAUUCUUAGUCGCAUGCAGGCCAUACUCAGUUUUACUCAAUACUGGUUGGAAACAAAACUGUACCACUUUCUCUCAGGCUGGACUCUAAGCCCAUUCUUCAUGCUUCUUCACUGGGACUUGCCGAUACUGGUUAGAGUAUUGAGUAUGACUGUGGAUAAGGUCAGGCCACUCUGUGUCGGACAGGGUGGAAACUACUCAUGGGGUCUAUUACCAGUACAGUUAGAAGAAUUGCAAGAGAUUUUAAGUAGAAUUAAGCAUUUAAUCACUGAAUACAAUCAGUUGUUUGAAGAUGACUUGAGAAAGAUGAGUAGUGAGUUCUUCCAGGAAGCUAUGCCAGUAGGAAAAGUAUGGAAGAAAAGCAGACAAUCAGGGAUACCCUGCCAACCUAAUUCCUACGUUGAGCAUAGCAUUACUCAGAUCUUAGAGCCAGUGAUUUAUGGAGCUUCACUCCUUCCCAUGGACUCACAGCUGAAGCUAUUGGCCUUGGCCACCACAAUCAUGAUGGAAGCAUGGAGUGCGUACAUCUUGAAAGAGGAAAUUAUAUUCAGCUUUUAUGGAGCACAGCAAAUGCAAUUGGAUUUCAACUACAUCAAAUGUUGGAUCUCCUCUGAUGCUAGUGGCUUGUCCACAGAGAUGCAAUCCCACCUCUUAGGACUAGAAACAUUCCAUCACCUUGACGGCGCAACACGACUUCUCAUGUUACAACCCAGAAAGAAGAAACAGAUGGAUGAACUUGAUGUGGAACUGGAGUCCAACAUCAGUGCCGUCAGUAGCAGCUCUGUCCUGUCGUCGUUUUCAGGCGUAGAUAUCGACAGUUAUGAGAUUGAUGUCUUAAAUGACAAGACGAUACCAAACAAGCAACAUUGGCUUGAUCUGAGACUACGAGGUGGCAAAACUAAGAAAGGUUUGAUGCCAUUCUGUCUUAAAGUACAAGAAACUAAGUAAUAUAUUAAGCUAAUUAAAGUAUUUAAUAGCUGCUUUCAAAUAAAUGAUGCUACCAGCAAAAUAGCAGCCACAUGAAGGGUUGCCAAUAUAGCCAGUGCAUGGUGAUGCCAAAACUACUACCAGAAUCCUUACAGCUUCCUUAAGGACUAAAAAAACCAGUGCUCAAGGAAGUAUGGUCAUAAGCUGAAUGGCGAUGUGAGAUUUUUGCAAAGUAAAUAAUUCUAAAGGGGAAAAGGGCAAGAUGGAUGUUUGGAUAGGAAAUGUAAAUCUUAGAAUAUAUUUAAAAGCUUGCGUUUAGAUUAAAAUGAUAGUUCUUCCUGCAGAUUAUAAAUUUUAUUAAACUAAAUAUAACAACGGCAAGUUUUUCACAUUUAUUAUCCAAAACUAUAUGUUUCCUAUCGCUGUCUUUUUUAGUAUUAUGCUUCUGCAAGCAACUACUUAUCAAGACUAUCCAAUGUAGUACGAAAAAAGGUCAUAUCUGACACUUUGAAGUCAAAGUCAAGGUGUUUAUAGGACCUUAUUGACGCCCUGUUUCUGGUAGAAGUUGUUCUAAGAUAUCACCAUUCUCACUUGUAAAGGCAUCAGUUUAUUUCCAAGUAUCAAGAGAUAUAGUACAGAACACGUGUUUCAAGAACAUUCUGAUUUAUCCAAUAUUUUUAUGUGCUAUUGCAUUGCAAGGCACAUGUAAUUACUAAAUAUUAUUGUUAUUUAAGUACAAAAUUAUUAUUAUAUAUUAUGAAACUUAUAUAUAUCGAUAACUAAAAUGUAUUAAGGACUGGAGUUUGACAGCUUUCAGAAUUUUAAAAAAAAAUAGAUGUAGGACUAUCGAAAAGACUUCUUGAAGCUCGAAAUGGAAUAGCAUGCUAAAGAUGUUCAACAAAUAUUGCAAUUACUUGUAACCAUAUUCCUCAGAUUUGGGAAAUUAUUUCUAAUUAGAUAUUCAUUACAUAUAAUUUUCUCAUCGUCUAAAGCAGAUAAUUACUAAGACAGUAAUACAAUUAAUUAUUAGACAAUUGAGCUUCUGGAUGGAAAACUGGAUUCAAUACCUUAGGUUUUAUCCAUCUAUCUUUCUUAACUUCGUUUUUCUUUCAUUUCUUUCUUUCUCUCUCUCUCUCUCUCCUCCUCUCUCUUCUUCCUUCCUUCCUUUGUUUCUAUUCUUUGUUUUCUUCCUUUCUUUCCUCCGUUUGUUUGUUUGUUUUUUUCUUUCUUUCUUUUUUCCUUCCUUUUUUCCCCCUCCUUUCUCAUUUUUCCUUUCAUCUUAUUUUCCCCAUGUCAUACAGGAAGGCCUUAUUUUGAGACCAACAAAGCAGGUCUCUUUAAAGAUUUAUACCUGUUUUGAAUUCCUUGCAAACCCCAAAGCUGCUGAACUGUUUCUUGAUAUCCUUGACUUUUAAAGGGGAUUCUAAGUGUUACCCCUAGUGCAAAGAAGUUUCCAAGAGAUUUCUUAAAUCUCUGUUACAAUUAAAUAAUUAUAAACUGCAUCUGUCAGUCUUAAAUACAGUAAUAAAACUAUAUUCAUUAGAGUGAAGUCAUUAAACCUGUGAAAUAAAUGUUAGACUAAUACUCUUUAGUAGACCCUAAUUCCAUUGUUUUCUUUUGUGUCUUUUUGACUAUUACACGUUGACUAGUAUUUUUAUUUCACGGGUUAAAUGCCUUCGCUCGAACAGACUGACUACAUUCCACACCUCAGUUCACUGAUUAAGCACAAACCCUUUGAUUGUGUGUUAUCAUUAUCAUGUCUGAUUUCUCCUUUGUUAUUACCACCAAUAAUUGGUGCUCCACAAUGCACUGCCAUCCAUUUUUUUAUCAAUUGACUCUUUAAUCAAGUUUGCAAUGUACGCAUUUGAAUGAUCUUUUGAAACUUAUUAUCCAAAGAUGGAUGAUGCCUCUUGACUAGUGAACUUAUAUGUGGAAUGUAGACAUAUAGGAUGAAUGAAAAAAAUAUAAGUUAAAUAUUCCAAAGAAUAUUCUAUUGACCUAUUAAUAACAGCAAGGACUGUUUAUACUGACUUAAAUUACCAUCAGUGCAUUUGAUUCUAACGUAAUACUAUAGUUUAAAAUAAUCUUUGCAACAUUCCUCUAUUUACUAGGGGUUCAAAGCUGCUUCUCUAGAAUUGACCAACAUUGAUAUUUAUAAAAAUUAUUGAUAAGGAAUCAUUCAUUCAUUUAUUGGAGGGGUGGCGGAUCCAGGAUUUUUCAAAGGGGAGUUCCGUUUCUUAAACUGUGUAUAAUUCUCUUUUGUUUGGUCGAUGUUUGACAAAAAAUUGGCUCUAAUCACCUAAUUUACUAUCUAGUAACGGACCAAGCUAUAAUAACACGACCAAACGCAAAACUACUAAUAUUUUUUUAUUAAAAUUUAUAUAAGACAUAUUUCUAUUACCUAAAAGAUGAAACCUUCAAGGGGGGGUUCCAUGGACCCCUUCAA